ACCCCCCUCCUAUCCAAAACCGCCUACGCAAGAAGGAGGAGAACCAAGAGGAACGGAGGAGGACAGACCAAAUGUAUGCAUUUGUAGUUGAAGAUUUCCAAGGAGUGAAAGUAACUCGCUAAAAGUUGUCUAGUGUCUUUAGAGAAAUCUUCAUCGUCAUCAAAGAAGCUUUCAAGAUCCAAAAGGACAACCCAAACAAAUACCGACCACUGACUGUUCCUCUGGCCUCGUCGACCACAAACUAGGACCAUGGGUUGGCUGCUGUGUGGGAUGACUCGUGUGUGUGCACUGUGCGUGUGUGUGUGUCUGGCGUCCAUCUGUGCCGAGGGCUGCCUGAUGAUCAGCGAGGUCAACAGCGACAACCCCAAGUUCGACACACACGAGUUUGUGGAGCUGUUCCACUCGAGCGGCACGCGCACCCCGCUGAACGGCUACACGCUCGUCCUGUACAACGGCAACGGCAACCUGGCCUACCGCGUGGUGGACCUGACCGGCCACUCCACCGACGAGCGGGGCUUCUUCCUGAUUGGCUCGCGCGAGCUCAGUCCCCAGCCUGCCGUGGCGCUCCCGCCCAAUAGCAUCCAGAACGGGCCGGACGCAGUGGCACUAUACGGGCCGGGGACGUCGGCGUUCGAGGAAGGGGAUUUCGUGCGGACCGAGGGCCUGGUGGAUGCACUGGUCUACGCCACGCGGCGGGGCGGUGACGUUGAGGGCCUGGCCGGCCACCUGACCCCUGGCUCGCCACCGUUUCUGGAGGACCCGUCGCUCUUCGACGAAGACGAGUCCAUCCAGCGUUGCUUGGAGACGGAGCACCACUGGGCCUUCCGUGUGGCUCCGCCCACCCCGGGACGAGCGAAUAACUGCACACUGCCAGCUCCCGCCCUUGCCCGCAUCGAGGAGCUGCGGUUGGGUGGUCUGGUGACGAGUAGGCAUGUGGAGUUGAGCGUCGCCACGGAGAUGGGUGCCAUGGCACUGGUGGUGUUUGAUGGACAGACAGGAGCGGUCAGAAAGACGAUGGAUAUUGCGGGCUCAGGUCAGAGCUCUCUGAGGCUUCUGUCUGUUUCCAUAGACACCAGUGGGACAGGCUCCACGAGUGGGGCGGUGGUCUUGUAUGAGGGGAAGGUGGCCGACGUCCUGUCCCAGAGCCUCGUAGAGCCAGUCGAUGCCUUUGUGUUCUCUGCCGAUCCCCAGUCUCUCAACGCCACGCUUCUCGAGACCCUGACACCAGGACGCCAGCCCUACACCCUCACCCAUGGUUGGGAGGAUGGCCUGUCACUCAGUCGCUGUGGUGUUGCUGAUUGGUCCAGAGACUCCGGUACCUUCAUGGAGGCGGUAUCCACACCAUCACUACGCAAUCACUGUCCUUGGCCAAAGAUCUGCCCUCAUGACAUUGUGAUUCCAGAUGGGACGCCGCCGCCCACCCUCACUCCGUGGUUGGGGACGGACUUCCUGUUGAACGAGGUGAACUCUGAUUCGCCGGGCGUGGCGGAGAACACCGAGUUCAUCGAGAUCUGGCACCCGUCGGGCACUCGCACGUCCCUCGAAGGGGUGUGGCUCCUGCUCAUCAACGGCCAAACUGGGCGGCCCUAUAAGGAGAUCAGCCUGUCCGGCUUCUUCACUGACGCCAACGGCUACUUCCUGAUCGGCAGCGACGGGCUGGAGCCAAAGCCGUCCAUCCCACUACCGCCCAACACCGUCCAGAACGGCCCCGACGCCGUGGCCCUCUACCGCAGUCAGGAGCCGCCCUCCCAACAGACAGGCACGCCCAGGCUAGGGCUGUUGGACGCCGUGGUGUACCGGGUCCGUGGCAGCGAUAAGGAUGGCUGGAUGCUGACCGAGGCGCUCACACCCUACCAGCUGCCCCUGCUCGAGGACCCGCAGGCGUUGCCGGGAGACGAGAGCAUCAGCCGCUGCCAAGGGAGGCCCAAUACGCUCUCAGCAUUUCGAGUCGGCCCACCCACUCCCAUGGCAAAGAAUGUGUGCCCCCAUCCACCCUCCCCUGAGGGCCUGGCAAUUAAUGAGGUGGGUGGAGCCUUGGGGCCCAACCACACCCAGGAGAGCAUGUUUGUGGAGCUGAUUGGACCACCUCGGACCAGUCUGGAUGGAUUGGUUCUGAUGGUGUUUGAGGGUGGGACCAGAGAGGCGAUCCCUCUCCAGGGUCACAUCGGAGCUGAUGGCCUUUACCUACUCAACCACACCUCUGGGACAGAUGCUGUAGUCCUGUGCUAUGGUGUCGGGGUGUGUGAUGCUGACUCUGAGAUUUUGGACUCUGUGAUCUUCACUGAUGUGCCACUACACCUGAAGAAUCUACCAGCCAGCACUGGGCAUAUAAACCCUGCAAUCAGGGCAGUGGCUGAUGGGCGCAUCUCCUUGAGCCGGUGUUCCUGCUGCCAGCACAACUCCCCGUCCUCCUGGAUCACUUCCUCCCCAACACCGGGCCUGCCCAAUCACUGCCCAAGCCCCACCUACUCCAGCACCAUCCACCUAUGCCUGGAGCCCCAGCCACUUGACGGACAGGACCAAGCAGGAAGUAAUCACACUAAUGAGAAUCUAGAGCCAGUCAGUACAGAUUGCAGUGGGGAAGUGGCUGUGUAUUUGGAGCAGCAAUGUAACUGUGGUAUAACAACCCUCUAUCUACAAGGAGUGAAUGUGUCGUGUGUCUCUGGUCUAAUGUAUCUUCAGGGUUCCAUUCCUGCGCUGUCUGAACACCAGAGGGAGCUAAUUACACACACCACCAGCAGCACCCACUCAUGCAUGAGGACAGGGUCCUUGGCUCUGCCAGUGGGCAUAGUACUGGGCGUGUUGUUUCUGCUGUUGAUGGGUGUGGCUUUGUUUAUCUUCUUGUACAGGAGAAAGCGACCACUGGACUAUUCUUCAAUGGAACUCAGUGAACAUGUUGAACUCUAGCCCUCUCAGUAUGUGUGUGUGUGUGUGUGUGUGUAUAUGUAUGUGUGUGUGUGUGUGUGUGUGUGUGUGUGUGUGUGUGUGUGUAUGUGCGCGAGUGUGCAUGUAUGUAUGUGUGUACAAUUACGUAUAAAAGUGUAUGUGACGGUACAUGCUGAAUAUUAAGUCUGAUUUCUGAAUUUUAAAUCUGAAAUCUGAAUUUAACAUGUUUUGUAUAUACUUGUUUGUUUGUACGAUUGUGUGUGUGUGUGUGUGUGUGUGUGUGUGUGUGUGUGUGUGUGUGUGUGUGUGUGUGCACGUGUGUGUGUGUGUGUGUGUGUGUG